UUGACUCAGGAAAACUUAGCCACAGUUCUGACAGGAGUUAUGGUUCCAGCAGGGGCAGUUACUCAACCUCUUCUUAUCCCCAUCAGUAUUGCAGGUCAAGUGGCUGGUCAGCAGGGGCUGGCCGUGUGGACAAUUCCUACAGCAACCGUGGCCGCCCUCCCAGGACUGACAGCUGCUUCUCCCACGGGGGGAAUUUUCAAGCCACCUUUAGCCGGUCUGCAAGCAGCCGCUGUGCUGAACGCCGCCCUCCCGACUCCCGUACAAGCUGUUCCGCCGCCGGCACAGGCCUCCUCGCCCAGCCAGCCCCGGCCAGCAGCCCAGCCCCAGCCGCUGUUCCAGCCCCAGCCGCUGCUGCAGACCGCGCCUGCCAUUGUCCCGCAGCCCACUGCUGCCACUGCUACUGCCCCUACGCCCAAGCCGGUGGACACCCCCCCACAGAUCACCGUCCAGCCCGCGGGCUUCGCGCUGAGCCCAGGAAUUGUAAGCCGCUGCCCUCACCCGGGGCUGACCAGGGAUGGACCGAAUCUUGGGCCAAGGGUGGAAGCGGCCCUUCCCACAGGGGAGGAAGGAG